AUGAAUGAGAUGGAGCAAAUUGAGUACGCAUUGUUGAAUGUAAAACUGGCCCAUGUCUGCAGACUCCGGCUGACCGUACCUCCCGAGAGUCCAGUCUGUGAGCAAAGGGAACAGAAGAUUGAAAGGAAAGAUCAGCAGCCUGACCUAAGCAAUGGAGAAGCUACCAGGAAACUUCCUCAGGGCGUUGUGUAUGGUGUGGUGCGCAGGUCAGAUCAAAACCAGCAGAAAGAAAUGGUGGUGUAUGGAUGGUCCACCAGUCAGCUGAAAGAAGAGAUGGACUACAUCAAAGAUGUGCGAGCCACUCUGGAGAAAGUCCGGAAGCGAAUGUACGGAGACUAUGACGAAAUGCGGCAGAAGAUUCGGCAGCUGACCCAGGAGCUUUCGGUGGAAUCAUCCCAAGAAGCCAACGCCGAGGUGCUGAGAGAGAUGACCAAGAAGCUGUACGGCCAGUACGAAGACCGGCUGCAUCAAGAGCAGCAGAAGCACCGGGCGGAGCGAGAGGCACUGCUGGAAGAAACCAACAGCUUUCUGAAAGCGAUCGAAGAAGCCAAUAAGAAGAUGCACAUGGCAGAGAUCAGCCUAGAGGAGAAAGACCAGAGGAUCGGGGAGCUGGACAGGCUGAUUGAGCGCAUGGAAAAGGAACGCCAUCAACUGCAACUCCAGCUCUUAGAGCAUGAAACAGAAAUGUCGGGGGAAAUCAUGGAUUCUAACAAGGGAAGUGUUAGGUAUCAGCAGCUUGAGGAGGCAUCUGCCAGCCUCCGGGAACGGAUCAGACACCUGGACGACAUGGUACACUGCCAGCAGAAGAAAGUCAAGCAGAUGGUUGAGGAGAUCGAGUCCUUAAAGAAAAAGGUGCAACAGAAGCAGCUCUUAAUCCUGCAACUUUUAGAAAAGAUCUCUUUCUUAGAAGGAGAGAAUAAUGAGCUGCAAAGCAGGUUGGACUACUUAACAGAAACCCAGCUUAAGACUGAAGUGGAAACCAGAGAGAUUGGAGUGGGCUGUGAUCUCCUACCCAGCCAGCCCGGCAGAACCCGUGAAAUCGCCAUGCCCUCCCGGAGCUACACGCCAUACACGCGGGUCCUGGAGCUGACCGUGAAGAAGACUGGGCCCUAGACCCCAGGCUGCGGACCCUCUUCUACAGAGGGACGGAGAUCCUCACGCUGAGUGCUGACGUCUGCAAUGAUGGAGGACAUUUGCUUUCUCACACAACACGGUUUAAGCCAGAAUGGACCUUGCUGAGAUUCUGGGCCACAUCCAAGGCAUGAAGGAGAGAGAGGGGCGGGGGGUUGAUGAGGUGGUAUUUCAAAAGCCCAACCAACAUAUCCUCUAUCCUCCUUUGUUUCCUGUGUAGACCCUGAAAUCCAGUCAGAACCCCCUCACCAUCCAUUGUCUGUUUCACUAGACUUUGGUUGGGAGGGCAAGGGCCUUGAUGGGGAAUUCUUGUCAGGAUCACAUGUUACAGGGUGAAGGCGUUCUUUACCCAGACUAGUAUUAGAGGCCAUGUUGCUGGAGCCCAGAGUGGUUGGCCCACAGGGAGUAUAGACGGGAGCGCCUGGAUAGGAAGUGUUCCCAGCAUGCAGGUGCUCUGUCCUCUGGGUCUGAGGCAGUGUUUGCAGGAGCCAUUAUUAGAGGCGGCCCUUGCUGGGCCUGACAUCUCCAAGCGUCAUUCUGACGUGCUGAUCCCCUCGUCUUGAUUUGUGCCUUAUGCCUUUUGGAGGGCCAGCUGAAAUCACUGUACUUGCACAACCUGUGAUUUUUUUUCUUCCCUUCCUCACUUCCAUUUACAGAGAAUUUUGUAGGGUGUGGACAUCUCAAUUGUGGAAUGUUUUCAGCAUCCGUUGAUAUUUUUGUUACGUGAAUGAGAAAUCCCUUCAUGCAUGCCCUGCCUUGGGAAUAUAACCCAGAUCACACAUAUUUAAUAAAUGCUGUCUAUUUUGUUCUA